CAUCUGCUGUAUCCCGAACACUGGCACAAUGAGACUCCUCGGGAUAACCCUGCUGCUCUGCACAAUACAGAGUGGAUCAGUGAAGGCCUUCAGCAGCCUUAACGUCGGCUCUAAAACAUCUACAAACUCUUCUUCGUCCUCCAAUAUCGGUGUUGGUGUUGGCGUCGGUGUUGGCGUUGGUGUUGGUGCAAGCGCCACUACAUCAGCUGGAGUGAACAGCAGCACUACGAUCACUGCGUCUCCGAGUCCCAGCAGCACCACGGUCCAGUCCAGCAGAUCACCGCUCACCAGCACCCCCUACAGGACCACAGAGAAACCCAAUCCAGGCCCUGGCCCCGCCUCACCGCCUGGCCCCUCCCCACCGGGCCCCUUCUCCACAGGAUCCUCCCCCAGCUCCACCUCCAGGCCUCCUCAUGGCUCCGCCUCCACUUUCCAUCUGCACCUCCACCUGUCAAUCACUGCCCUGCUCAUCACAAUGCUCAUUAAUUAAUCAAUAAUCAAUCACUUCAGCCAAUAUUCAUCCUAUAAUUAACCUCUCUUAACUAUAAUCAGAGCUGGCGGAUUAGUGAUGUCCUGUAAUCAGUUACUAAUUACAUGAUCACAUUUGUAGUCAGUAAUAUGA